AUGUCACGUCCUAACCCAGCCCAACGGAACCUGACACUGACUGAGGAGCUAGAGAGACUGGAGCAGUCUAUAACAUUGACCCUGCAAGGUGCAGUUCUGCCAUCAUCCGCGCUCUGCGUUAUCCAAAUUGAUCACAAUUUCAGCCGUGCUCACAGGAUAGUUACCACAAGCAUUCUUCCCACCGUUGAACAAUACUCUGGGCAGUCGAGAGAAGUAUGGGAGGGGUCAAAGUUUUGGAAACAAUUCUUUGAGUCUAGUGCCAAUGUGUCGCUUUCCGGCUACGAAGAACACCCACCCAGUGACAGCGGACAGGAAGGCACUUACACUGAGAACUCUACAUACACCACCCGCACCUCCACAGACGAAGAUGCUGCGGCAUCAUAUGCCACUCCGUCAUCUGAAUCGUUAAACCUCCACCACCGAGAUGAUGCUCCGGACCUCUCUUCCCUCACAAUAACACCAUCCCACAGCACCCUGCGACCAAAAUCACAUUCAAUACGGGAUGAGAUCGACGAUAUUACCAGCUCAUCCAUCGACUACCCCUCCUCCUAUGAAACUCUCCGCCACGAAUGGGAUGACACCCCCUCCCAAUCAAGAAACGCGGACCCAGUCACUCCUGGGAGGUCACAAUGGACCCACGGCGGCGCACGAGACACGGCCGUAACGCCAACAACCUCAGCGUUCGCCCCACUCACCCCGCAUCAGAUGCCAUCCACAUCGAAAAAGGCCGGCAAGCCAACAGAUCCCGUCCUCCACCGCGUCCUAGAUAAAACCUACCGUAUCCAGGCAACACCCCUCGCCACUGCCCGCAAAACCUACGGCCACGAUACCCGAGGCAUCAGCACGCCCAGAUUCAAGCCCAAGCCGGGCUACCUGGACUCCUCACCCAUCUCCAGCCCUGAAAUCGAAGUGCCAAAACUUCACUCAGAGAUUUUCUCGUCCCCGAUCAAGGAUGACGACGACGAUGAUGAUAAUGAUAGACCACCUCGUCAGCGACGGCCAAACAAACCAUCCCGACUCCCACGACCGGGCAUAAGCGUGCUUGCGCCAGCCGAACACAACCCUUCGCGGCUGCCAAAUAAAUCCGGAGAAUGGCCUAGUGACGAUGACCUCGAUGACGACGAUGAAGAUGACCCCACCGCGCUGUUUGGCCAUAGUCCACCGAAAACGAUCCAGUUUCAUAUUCCGCAGAGCAGGCUGCUUCAGACUCCAGCGAAAGAAGCCUCCAAGCGAAUCGUUUCUGAACUCCUCUACACCGCCGGUUGCGGCGAUGAUAUCACGGACGAGGAUGAAAGUAGCCCUAGCGUCAUUCGUCGCGCAGCCGGGUUGGAAGACGAGAGCUUCUGA